AUGUCCUAUCGACUAGCUGCGAGAAGUGCUACUCGGCUACGGCCCAGCACUCUUGUCACCGGACAGGCCGCAAGGCUUCCUCGAGUUUGCGCUGCUCUUCAUCCGCCUCCGCGUACAGUCACGCGACCGCCGCGCCUGCAGCCUGCAUCCUUUGCUCGGUCCAAGUCUUCCUCCGCAACGUCGCACGAGCAGCAAAAUGAAUCAAGCUCAAAGUCCCCCCGGACCAAGCGCCUGGCCAAGUUGCUUGCGGUACUCAUCGCGUUGAUCGCCCUUUACAACUAUUAUCCGCCGUUUCGGCACUCGACACUGGCCAUUGUGCGAUGCUCGCGGUUGAUGUCGGCCGUUCUUCAAGACGUCUGGGACUACAAGAGGACGUUCGCGAAAGAGUCAAAGCUCUGCGACAAUGAAGGCAACCCUCUGGAUGGCAACAAGGACAUCAUUCGGCAAGCUCGUAAGGCAUGCCACACGCGUUCCGCUGAACGUAUACUGAAAGCCCUCAAGAAGAACUCUGGGAUCUACGUCAAGAUCGGACAGCAUGUGGCCGCCGUCCAGGUACUUCCCAAGGAGUGGACGUCUACCCUCACCCCUUUGCAAGAUCAGUGCACUCCUACGCCUGUCGAAGACAUCGAUGCCAUGCUGCGAACCGACUUGGGGCUGGGUAUUGACGACCUGUUCAUCGACUUUGACCCGACGCCGAUUGGGGUCGCCUCGCUGGCCCAAGUUCAUCGCGCCGUAGAUCGGAAGACUGGGCAACCUGUAGCCGUCAAGGUUCAACACGCAGACCUGCAAGAGUUCGCUCAGGUCGAUCUUGCGACUGUCAACUUUGCCAUCAGCUUUGUCAAGUUGGUUUUUCCCGAGUUCGAAUUUGGAUGGCUGGGUGAGGAAAUGAACGAGAUGCUUCCGCAAGAGACCAACUUCCGACACGAAGCGGCCAACUCGCUGCACUGCCGUCGCAAUUUCGAACCGUUGAGUGGAAAGACGAGCCUGUACUUGCCAAAGGUGCUUUGGGCCGAACGCCGUUGUUUGGUCAUGGAAUUCAUCAAUGGUGCUCGCAUCGAUGAUCUCGCGUAUCUGAAGAAGCACCACAUUGAUCGCAACCAGGUCAGUCAAGAGCUGUCGCGCAUCUUUUCAAAGAUGGUCUAUCUCGAUGGCUUUUUCCAUGCCGACCCCCACCACGGCAAUCUGCUCGUUCGGCCGAAAGCAAAGGACUCGACGUCUCCCUUCAACUUUGAUGUGUGUCUCCUCGAUCACGGCCAAUACUUUGAUAUCCCACCGGAUCUUCGGGUAAACUAUGCCAGAUUUUGGCUUUCAUUAAUGACGCCCAACUCGGAGGAGACGUCGAAGCAGCGUAAAAAGUACGCGCGACUGGUUGGAAACAUUGACGAUGACAUGGUAAGCGACGUCCGUAACUCGACUGACCAGCAGUAUCCGUUCCUGGAGAGCGCCAUCACCGGACGUGUCAGCAUGGAAGAAGGCCACCACCGAGGUGAAGACGGACAGGGGCCACGAUCUCUAUUAGAGGGUGCAGAGUCUGGGAGCAAGGAGGUCGCAAAGCUUCGUGCGGCAGCCAUGGAUACGGAGGGGUUGUUGGCCGGAAUCUUUCAGAUGCUCAGAACGGUACCGCGCUUUCUGACCUCCAACGGUCUUUGGACAUCAGUUUGGCAACAACACAUGGACCCAAUCGAAUCUACCUCAUCGUCGGACAAUACUGUGCCCAAGCAAUCGGACUGCGAGCAUCUUUACAAGGAGCUUUGUGAAGACGGCUUCUCGUUCGGGCUCCUGAGGUCGGCUCUCAAAGUUCUCUUCGAUUUUGCUUAUUAUCGUACCAUGUUUGGGGCUGCCGAAUUGGGCAUGGAUGUCGCAGCGCGCGUGAAGAAGACGGAACUUUGGUUCCACGGACUCGUGGAGGGCGGUCUGAAGGGUGCUUCCAAUGAGGCUGCGGGCUUGGGUGCAGGCGCAUGA